GUGUUGGUAGAAUUUGAUUGGUGGGUUUGGUUUUAGGUUUUGUUUAUUAUUAUUAUUUUCUGAUGAAACGAUGAAACACGAAAAUCAACAAGCGUAAUGCUGUCUGCUCUGCCUUGUUCCUUGUUCCAUUCAAUUCUCAAACUUGACUUCGUAACCGUAUAUCCAAGUUGAGUUGUGGUUGGUUCGGGUUGGUUACUUGGUUUCUUGGUUAGCGUCGGCAUUUGGGAUCCCAUUGAUGUAUGGCUAAGUUAUCACUGAAAUUGUGCUGAAAGUGUGAUUUUAGUGCCAAAGUUCGUAGAUAUUUUCGUCUAAUCUGGUUUGAUUUCAACGGUUCAAGUUUCUACCUCGUCUAGAACCUAUAAGGCACCAGUUUUGAUUUUCUCACUAUGCAUCACGUGAAACUUAAGUGUGAACUCUUAACAGUGAAACAUUUAUCCCAAAGAAUAGGCUAGUUUAUUACAACCUAGGCCUAAAACUUUACUAAACUAGACAUACCGUAGUAUGUCAUCCAGAAAUAUGCAGAGUAAAACCAAUCAAUCUUGUGUGAACCAAUUUCUGAUGAAGUUUGGGGGAGUUGUGUUAUUUUUUGUACAUUCCAUAUUCAGUGUCUUGUUUCAUUUAACCAAUUAUUUGUGGUAUUGUAUACAUAGCUUGAAGAGUUUAUACUAUAGAACUAACACAUCUAGACAUAUUAGUGUUAGUCUACUCAAAGAAGAAUUAAAAUGCUAUCCAAAAGUACCAAAACAUUUAGCUGUGAUUAUAGAAGAAGAAGACAUUUCUUAUCAAGACUGUGUUAAGUUAAUAUUAUGGUGCAUUCAUUCGGGAAUACCAUACAUCAGCUUUUACAAUCACAGCAAUGGUAUCAAUCCUACUUCUCUUUAUGAAGUUUUAUGCAAGAGAAGCAAGUCUAGUCUUCAAAAUAUAAAGUGGGGGAAAUCAUUUCAUGAAAGUGUAAAAGAAAUGGCAAGGAAAGAUAUCAAUGGUUAUGUUUGGUCACCAGUUGUAGAAGUCAACAUGUUUUCAUCCAAGUCUGUCCACGACUUAAUGGAAAACGUAAUGCUGACUCUUUGUAGACAAGGAGUGAAACCAGAAGAAGUUACAGUAGACACUGUUGACGACAAGUUCAGAGAAGAACUGUUGCUGCCUGACCCUUGUCUCGGAUUGGUCUUUGGACCAACUUUGAGCACCUUUGGGUUCAUGCCUUGGCAGAUUAGGGUCACUGAGUUUUCACAUUUGUCCACACAUCACAAUUUGCAGCUUGAAGAUUUUGUGGAAAGCUUGAAAAGUUUUGCAUUUUGUCAACAGCGAUUUGGUAAAUAGUGUAAAAACAGUCAGAGGCGAUAAAAUAAUGAGGGCUCUAGUUUUAGUUUAAAUUAUAAAUAGUAUAUCAACAACAAAAAAUGGUGGGAGAUGGUUUUUUGGGUUAAGUUCACUGUAUAUUAUGUACAAUCUAACAUAUCCAAUUCAACUUAAACAAGGCGGAUUUUAUUUAGGAUAAAAACAUUGAUACUUUAUUAUUUUUUUACUGUAAAAAGAUUAUUUUAUGUAAAUUGUAACUUAUACAUUCAAUUGAAGUGUGUAUAGUAUGAUUUUAUAUUUAGAAUAUUCAUUUGUUUCAAUAGCAUAAUUUUAAAACAUGUAUGAAGUGUUGUUUUAUAUGAAUUUCAAAAAUUAAUAUCCAGAGAAACUAUAUGUAACCCGUUUGGCGAUUUUACUUGAAUACCCAAUGGGUGCAUAAAUAUUGAUAGAAACUUCCAUUAUUAUUUAUCAUAGUUUUAUUGUUGAUUUUGUUAUAUUAAUUGCUCUACUAGAUACUCAAUCCUAUGUCUGCGUACAAAUGCAAAUUUUCUUGGAAAACAAUCAAUGCCAAAGUUUACUAAUUUACAUUAUUCUACAAGUUGGUAGGCCUAAGUCAAUCUGUGGUGAAUUUGAUUUUGUCGUGUUGGUAGUGUCCUGAACCUCAACAGUCUUUUAGUGCCACACUAUUGAUAUUGAAAACCUUUUAGAUUGAUUUUUGGUUCUUUAAUGACUACUUCUAAAUUCUGAUUACUUAUAAACAUUGUAUUAAGUAUCAUCUAGUUAAGUUGUAAUGAUUCUAAUAGAUUUCCCUCAACAUUCAGAACAAAUGCUAACUAACUAAUAAUUUUGUAUACACUAAGACAAAGGAAAAAAGGUAUUUGUGUUUAGUAAACACUAAGUUGAAAGGUAUCAAAAUAUUUCUCUCUGACGAAAGAGCAAACAUAAUCCCACAAAUUAAAGUCUACAGAGAGGCAAAAACAUGUUAAAUUGUUUAGUUAUAAUUUUAAUGAAUUUGUCUUGUAAAAAAUGAGAUUGUUACUGCAACAUUGAAGGUGUCUAAAAACAAAAAUACCACUGUAUUUUCUAUGAAAUUGUACAAUAUUAAUGUAAUUAAAUUAAAUUUAUAUUUUAUUUUGUAAAUAUUUGUUAAUAUUUAUGUGUCAAAAGUGCUACAAGAUGAUGUAUCGUGGAUUGAUAAAAGUUUGUUUUGUUAAGCAAAAAUAAAUAUGAAGAGAGCACUCAGUAAUUAAAA